CGCAGUAUUUCGUGGCUGUGACACUUUUCCUAACCUGGAUAGUUGUCACUUCUACUAUUAAUAUGUUGCUCCACAAGGCAGAGUGACGCUUUUUUUUUUGCCAAAUUCAUUUUUGUCGUGCAAAAACGCAUGGAAUGAGCCUAAUUUCAUUAAAGUCAGUGAGGAAGACAGAAUUCUUGAAUAUUACCAACUCUUUCGAUAGGAAAAUCAAAUAAGAUGACAACGAAGAAAGGUAAGGUAUUGACCAAAGGAGCAAAGCAAAUAAAGGAAGAGAAUGUCUCUACGCUGAGUUUUUACAUCUACAUGGCCUUAGGUGCAAUGGGAAUACACUUCAUAACGAUGGUGUUGCGUGAAUUCAAUGCACUGACGAUAAGUCUAAUGGCAUUUUCUGCAGUUAUAUAUAUAGGAAGCUACCAAUUCAUGUCGUACAUGGCUCGCGCCACGUACUCAGAAUCUGGCCAGCUACUAGAUCCAGGUGUUGAUCUCAACAUGGAAGGUGGUAUAGCAGAACAUUUCAAAGAUUUAAUCAUAUUAACGUCAGGAGUGCAAAUUCUGUCUCUUAUUUCGAACUACUUCUGGUUAUUGUGGCUUUUGGCACCAUUAAGGGGAAGCUGGGUGCUCUGGAAACAAAUUUUGGCUCCGUGGUUCUUUGCUCAGCCACAAGAGCAAUCUGAGAUGAACGAGAAGAAAAUGCGCAAGUUAGAAAGGAAAAUGGCGAAGCGAUAUCAAUGAAAAUCUUCGUUGCUGUACAAUAAGAAAAUUCCAUUGAAUUAUACCUGAUUUAACCAAGGGGAUGGUAGUAAGAUCAAAAAACACCGGAAAGAGAGAAGUUUGGAAAAUUUAAGAUUUUUUCUUGUCAAGAAAAAUUGAGACUGUGCAGUGGUUCGACAUUUCUAUAGGAUAAAUAUUAAAUGAAACAAGAUUUUGGAGGUUUUUACAAAGAUGUACGAAACAGGGAAACACUUUCACAGAAUUAGGAGGAAAAUCGCAAAUUGGGAGAUAGAUUUUUCGCCUUUACCUCUUUGUAUUUUAAACAAUUGAUUCUCGGCAGACUGCAAUCCAUUUUAUUAUGUCUAUAAGUAACGAGGCACUUCUUAUUCGAUAAUAUUUAUAAAUUCAUUCCUAUAUAAAAAGUCGGCGGCAAUACUAAAUUAUAUGUAUUAUUGGAAAGUCAAUCUUAAUUAAAUAUAUUCAAAAAGAGACAUUACAUUAAAGUAGGAAAAUAAAGAAAAUCUUAAAGUCAUUUAAAGUUGAAUAAUAGAUGACCGGAAUAAUCAUAAG